AUGCGGGUAGCUUUUUUUUUCCCUCUCGCCCUGGACUCUGCAUACACGGCUCGUCCUAUGGCAGCGGAAAAGAGCCUUGUCAAGGCGGCUCGACGAUGUCAUUGGGCCGCCAACCCUUGUCCAGCCCUUGUCCGCAUUCGGGGUCCUUUGCAUCGUCUGGGAUUCUGGGAUACUGGUUCUUUUGCCUUUUGGGGAGAAGAAUAA